AUUGUAGCCAGGCGAGCGUCUCGCGCGCGAAGAAGGGAGGGAGGAGGAGAAGAAGAAGCGGCGAUGGGCUCGGAGGCGCCUCGCUUGGCCCGGCAGCUCUUCCUGCGCGGCUUGGCCGCCGCCUUCCUGGCCGCCUUCGCCUCGCUUUACGUCCAGCUGCCCGGCCUCUACGGAAGAGAUGGCAUCCUGCCCGCCCGGAAGAUGCUCCGUUUCACCGGCAAAGACUUCUGGCAGCAGCUGCGGGACUCCCCGACUCUGCUGUGGCUGGGCCCCCACCUGGGGCUGGACACGGAGCAGGGCCUGGAGCUGCUGUGCCUGAUGGGCACGCUGCUCUCCUUUGGGGCCCUGGUGCUGGAGCCCCUGCGGGACAGCCUGGUCUUCCUCGCCCUCUGGGGCCUGUACCUCUCCGUCUACCAGGUGGGACAGGUGUUCCUCUACUUCCAAUGGGACAGCCUUUUGCUGGAGACGGGCUUCCUGGCUGUGCUGGUGGCUCCCAUGCAUCUGCUGAAGUGGCGCUCCACAACCUGGCGGGCGCAUGAUGGGGUGACCUUUUGGCUGGUGCGCUGGUUGCUCUUCCGUUUAAUGUUCGCGUCCGGGGUGGUGAAGCUGACCAGCCGUUGCCCCACCUGGUGGGGGCUGACAGCCUUGACCUACCACUACGAGACCCAGUGCAUCCCCACGCCCAGUGCCUGGUUUGCCCACCAGAUGCCCGUCUGGUUCCAGAAGCUCAGCGUGGUGGGCACCUACGUGAUUGAGAUCGCCAUCCCCCCGCUCUUCUUCGUGCCGCUGCGACGCCUCCGGCACUUUGCCUUCUACAGCCAGGUGGUCCUGCAGGCCCUCAUCAUCCUCACCGGCAACUACAAUUUCUUCAACCUGCUGACGGUCGUCCUGAGCUUCUCCCUGCUGGACGAUGAGCACGUGGGGCUGUGGCUGGGCCAGGGGCGGAAGAAAGCCAGUGGCGGCUGGGCCUGGCGACUGCCCCCCCUGCUGGCAGAGCUGGCUGUUUACGGCCUCCUGACCUUCUGGACCAGCCGUUACUUCGGGCUGACCAUCAACUGGGAGAAGAGAAUCCUUGAAUCCAAGACAGAUUGUUAG